AAUUGAUAAGUUUUUCAGUUUUGCACGUACGUCAGUUCAACCUUAAUUCUGAUGGUAUUCCGCUUAUCUUCUUAGCGUAGGGCAAAAAUGGUCAAGAUCAUUGCUAAAUUAUUUGGAUAUGGGGAUAUAGUCAUAGACUUAACAUGAGUACCGUUGAGUGCGACUUCAGAUGUGGUGAUCUUUAGAAAGAGUGGCUGCAAAUAUAUCAACCCGUCAAGUUAACCAAUUCAGUGGACGAUUAAUAAAUCUCAAUUUUAAGGAAGGAUAAAGUGAAUUUCAUGGUUCAUAUUUGAAAAAAACACGGAAUUAUUUUCUUCUGAAGUCAUUUACAUAUUUUCUACAUUUGAGGAUCAUCAUGAAGUCAUAAAGGAAAAUGAAUAUCUGAGUUUAACCGACAUCUAGUUUUCAUUUACUGACAUUAAUUUCUUAGGGAUAUAGUCUGGCAACCAUUUUCAAACUUCAAAGGCUUUUCAAGAAGAAAUGACAAUCAAUGGAUCCGCCGCCAAACCGAGCGCAAUCGAAUAUGUCGACGAGAAAAACGAAAGGUCCCGGCUUAUCCUCAAUGAGUCGACGUCGUCGACGGCGGACGUGCGUCGAGAUCGACGCCCAAGGAGAACUUUCUGUCAACUUCUUCGGCAUGGCAGCCAACAGUUCGCGCUUGAGUUCGCCUUCAGCUGUGAGACGGCUCUCGGUACGCCCGUACUCCUUGAGCUCGGGAUACCGGCAGUGCUUCAAGGACUCUGUUGGGUUCUCGGUCCAAUACUCGGUUUUGCUCUAGGUCCUCUGGUGGGUUCCCUCAGUGAUAACUGUACCUCGAGAUGGGGCCGUCGGAGACCCUUUCUCUUGGUGCUCAAUCUUCUCGUCAUUGUCGGAAGUGCUGGCUACCUCAAUGUGCAGUAUAUUCAAAACGAUGGGCUCAGCAUGGCGGUUGCCCUUGUCGGUAUAUUGUUGGUCGAUCUAUGUGCCUUCCUCACUGAGUCGGCGUCGAGGGCAUAUCUUCUCGACGUCUGCGAUAUCGAUGACGUCAGUCAGGGUCUUCUAAUGAGAACAGUGUUGGGAGGUUUAGGAUGUGGGAUUGCUUACGUCAUCGUUGGCGUCGACUGGGUGAACACGCCGAUCGUAUCCGUGAUCAACAGCAACUAUGAAGUCGUGUUCCUUUUCACUGUCUUGGUUUACCUCGUGUGCAUGACGUUAUCGAUGACCAGCAUCGCCGAGGAACCACUGCCAUUGGAGCGGGACGAUGAUAAGGAGAGCGAGGUCGCUAUGAAAACAAUCAAGAGAUAUACAACAGAAGCCGACACAGAAGGACAGGGUUCGCUGUCAUCAUCUGAUGAGGAGGAUGUAGCCCCGACGUUACGGGAGCGCAUCUCUUCAAUCUUCGGUAUGCCAACAUGCAUGAGAUGGCUCUGUCUGACGCAUUUCUUCGGUUGGGCAUCGUUUACAGCCAUCGUUCUCUAUUUUACGGAUUACUUCGCCCAGGAAGUGUUACAUGGUAUCCCGACAGCUCCGAUAAACAGCACGGCCUUCCAGGCAUAUCAACAGGGUACCAGGUACGGGAGCUGGGGGCUCUGUAUCUUUGGAUUCUCCACCGCUGUUCUCUCACUCCUCUUCCUGAAGAUCCAAUCGUGUUUCAGUACCAAGGUGCUAUACAUUGGUCCUCCCCUCAUCUUUGGUCUUUGUGUGGGCAGCAUGGCGUUCCUGGUCGAUUAUCCCACCCCGACUCUCAUCCUGUGCUCCAGUUUUUCUCUCAUCUUCGUUACCAUAACAACCAUCCCCUACGAUAUACUCGCCAACUAUCACGACGAUGAAAAUUUUACCCAUCCACCGAAUGGACCAGUCCGCGGACAAGGAACCGAUAUGGGCAUUCUGUUCGCGAUGACGUUUCUCGGUCAAAUCGUCGUCUCAAUUCUGAUUGGUCCGCUGGUGGAAGUGACGCAAUCACAACUACCUGUCGUCAUUUUGACAUCAGUCAUGGCGUUCUUGUCUGUUAUAUCUGCUUUCUUUGUAACUUAUUGAAUCGAAACUUAAUGAUCAUAAUUUGUGUAGAAAUAUUUGAUAAUGAUAAUAAUAUUCCGCUUUUACAUAGCGCUACAUAUUACAGCAACGACGCGACGUUUCUAGCGCUUUGCAUACGUACACUAAAAAAAAAAUCCACCGGUGUUGAUUUAACACCAUCCCGGAAUCUAUCCACACCAGAGAAGUGUUAAACAACACCAGUUUGGUUUCGGUCUAACACCAGAUAGGUGUUUAUGCAACACCAAUUAGUAUUAAAACAGUAUGGGUUUGAUUCUAAACUGGUGUUAUUUCAAUACUUCUCUGGUGUGGACAUAUAGAUUCCGGGCUGGUGUUAAAUCAACACCGGAGUUUUUGCAGUGUGACAGAAACAUUAAAUAUGAAAUUUCCAAGAAAUUAAUAUUUUUGUUUAAGUUUCGGGGUGAUGCUACAUGGACACUAAAAUAAAAAUUUCAUCUUUACUCUAAGCCUCGUUGUCGGAGUAGUGUUCAUAUCGGUUCAUCGUAGCCGAUGGCAAGGCCGGGGGCAAGGCUGCUAUAUAUGGCAUCAAUACGAUUUGGAAUUAAAAUCACUUUUAUUCCUACAGGGAAGCUCGCCAUAAACUCGAGUUUUUACUUGGAUCGUUAUGCUCUAGACUGGAAUACUCAUAUCACAUUUUACGACAGAUUUUUUUUUUAAUCGGUUCGCAAAUGAGUCGUCGUGUAAUGAGCGGCGGGUUUAUCUUCAUCGAAAACCUUACGAUUUGUGAAUUAUUAUACAGCAAAAUAAACAUGAUAAACCCGCCGCUCACUACACGACUACUUUGCUACCCUCGUCUUUCUCCGCUCUUCUAUAGCUCAUACCACUUCGUUCUUCAACAACAUUGCAGCUAAAUCUAGGACCACGAACAAAUCAGUUUUUGCUCCAAUCACGCGGAAUAAAUUAUCAUCUUACAUCCAUAAUGUCAACUCCCUUGAUCAAUUCAAGACAUUGCUAAAGACCCACCUUUUUAAUGUUUAGAUUCAGUUGUGGGUUGGUCUAUAUGGAGGUGCAAAUCUUAGUUGCGUUUCGUUUGUUUGCUUCUUUAAAUAUUGUUUUGAAUUCAUUGAGACUACCCUUUCCCCCCCCCCCCCCGGUGAUUUAGUUGAUAGGCUCUGAUUUGCUUGUUCAAAAUCAAGAAAUCCAUUCCUACCCAACUCGACAAGUAUAUACAAUUUCCACAUUUCUCCAGUGCGCACUGUUCUUGCCCUUAAAUCAUUUACUUUUACAGGGCCUUCCUUUUGGAAUAAUUUAGACACCUAUAUAAUUCAGGCGCCUUCAUUAUAUUCUUUUAAAUGUAGGCUGAAAAUAUUUCUUUUACAAUCGUACGCUAGUGGGUCAGCGCCUUGCUCGAGUGACUAUCAUGUAGAACUAUCUAAUGUAUUGAUUAUUUGUCUUCAUUUGAUUUAUCUCGCUUCGUUGCGUUAGGAGUUUUUAAUCCUUGAUUAUUUUCCUCUGGGAACCUAUGUCUACAAGCUAUGCUUUUUAAUAGGUUCCUCAUAUUUCACGAUAUUGUAUUUCUUUGUAAAACACUAAACUAUGUAUUUUUUGUCAUCAUAUUCUCAUAUGUUCAAGGUGUAUGUUUUUGUGGAAUGUGAAACAUCAAUAAAAAAAUCAAAUAAAUAUAUUCAAAUAGGCAGAAAACUGAGCGCUUAUUAGAAACAUCUGUAUUAAGCGCCCUACAAAUGUUAUAAUAAUAAUUACUAUAAUUAUUAUAUUGACACCAGUGUCAUAUCGGCAAAAGGAAUUGAUCAUUUACAUUCUGCUUCCCCUCAAAAUAGAUAGAGCAGAAAAUAUCUGACAUUUCAGUUCCAGUUGAUCGAUUGAUUAUAUGAUUAUAUUGCCUACAUUACAAAUAAAAAUGAUUUCGCUUGUUCAUUUCCUUUUCUGUUUUAAACGGGAAGUCUGACUUUACGAAAAAUAUUUUCUAUUUUUUUUUGCAUUUUUAUGAUAAGUUCAUAAAGCUGCCUGAUUAUUCGGAUAUUCCGAAUAUGGAUCCUCCCCCAUAUCUAAUGCUGCAUUAUAUAAUUAACCUAUGCAAACUGAUCCAGCACAGCGUUCCAUCUCCCUCUUUCGAUUGACAAAUUUGACUGGCUGUUUCUCCUCUCAAAACAACAUUAUGAAUGCUUUUUUUUUAAUUCCAUGAUUUACUUCAACGAUUUUUUAAAACUGCAUGUACUACGUUAUUCAAGGGACUCUGCACUUCAAACCAGUGGCGGAUCCGGGGGGGGGGCACAUCCGGCCCAUGCCCCCUCCUUCCUUCACAGCCAUAGUCAUGUAAAUAUUCUUGAUGAUGAUCCUUAAAUCCUUAAAUGUCAGGAUUUUAUAUCAAUAAACUUUUGAAUUGAAUUGAAUUUGAAUUUGUAAAUAUGCGUUUUUACACAUAGUGUUCCCCCUUGAAAGUUACAGCAUAUAUUUUUAAUGGAAAUGCGUCAUUCAAACACAAGUGAGAAACUUUUUUCUUCUUUUUUUUUGCUUGUCAAAUUUUCCUCGGGAAAAUGUGCCCUCCCUCCCCCCUUUGGAAAAUCCUGGAUCCGCCUCCAGGCCUCUGCUGCUUCAAUCAUUUUUUGUUUUGUUUUGUUCCUUCUUUGUAUUACCUGCACGAUUCAAUGUAACAAUAUCAAUGUGAAUAUCAUUAUGCAUGAUAAUAAUAAAAAAUAAAGCUAACCGACAAACAUAUGCUCGCUACCUCUGUGUGGAAUAUAAUCAUUCAACUUCCCGCGUCUUCAAUUAUUAUUGGGGCACAUUUCAUAAAUAGUUGCGUUUUAAUGCAAUUCAAAGAAUCAAACGCAAAUUACAUUUGGGCGCUUCUGAUUGGCUGAAACUCAACUUUCGUUUGAUUUUGAUUCUCAUUGCAAUGGGCCUUGUUUGAUGAUAACAAAUAAUGCAAUAUGAGAUGAACUAUUAUCAGACCAAUAUGCUGCUAUCAGAGUGAUAUAUUCAUCUGCUAUAUAACAUUGAUGUGUUAUUUUAACCUAUAACAUUGAUAUGUUAUUUUAAUAAGCUAAAAUAUUUCAUGAUCCCUCUGAGUUUGAAAUGUAUAAUUUUGAUAUAUACAUAUAUUAUAUUGUAUUACAUCUGAGUUUGUUACUCCAACUGUUUAUUACUAUUAUUAUUAUUAUUGUAUUUCUAUGUUUAUACUUUACUGUUGGAAAUCAGAUGACAAUAAAAACGGAUCUGAUAU